AUGUGCUCGACGAUGGUGGCUGGCGUGCGGCCAUGGGAGUUAUUUGAGAGUAGUCAAUGCAAAAGAAGAAACGGCCACUGCACGGCUUUGUGUUUUUUUGUGUGGGUUGCGGCGCCUCCACGUCCUAUUGAAAUGAUGGAGUACUUAUUGUAUUUUCAUUUUGCUUGCGCUACGCAGCUUCCCCUUCUUGGUCACGGUGACUGCGUGCUCGUCGCGCGCGCCGCAUCGUCUGCUGUUGUUCCCUCGUUGUGUUGGGGGAGUGGGCGAGCGACGGCUUUGGUGGAGUGGCGCCCCAGUGGGAGAGGGAAGGCACCGACCGCUGCUGAAUGCGACAGUCUUUGCCGCAGGCGAUCUGGAGGGAUGGUGUCGUUGUUGCCACGAACAACUGAGAUGGACGAGGACCGCACUGCGCCUCUUUCCACUUUCUUCAUCAUUGCAUUUUUCUGUAGACACACGCACCGCACGGCAGCGACGCGACCACCAUCCAGGCGGCUGCGAGCCAAUCGGACUGUGCAAUUGACGUGGACUCUUGUCCCCCGUGACUGGGGGCCGCCGCCGUGCUUCUUCAUCCCUUCCUUCUGUGUGUAA